AACUGCACAAUGGAAAAGUGUGCGAAUAACAGACGCGUUAGUCGCAGACGAAUUACAUUGGCUGUAAUAGUAGAUUUUAUCAUUUUUCUUUUUGUUGGUAUCCCCAACCUAUAUCUAUUUCUUCGGGGCAAGCCCUUUAUCAGGGGUUUCCACUGCGAUGACCCCGCCAUCUCCCUCCCCUUCAAACCAGACAGCAUCAGCACGUCUUUACUUACAGUCGCCGGAUUUGGGACCUCAAUAUUAUGCGCCGUCAUCGUCGAGGUAUUAAACUCAAUCAGCAGGAAGUGCGUACGCGCAUGGCCAACAUGGGAAGACUUGUUGUUCUACGCAAAAAGCUACUCGUUGUUCAUAAUCGGGUUCGUGAUCCAAAUGCUGUUCGUGGAAUUCGUAAAGAAUCAGCUGGGAUUCUUAAGACCCAACUUUAUGGACGUUUGCCGUCCGCAGUUCAACGUAUCGUUAUGCCCCGCGUUCAUAACAGAGUACAAGUGCAUCGGACAGGAUGCGAAAGAAAUUAUUGGCAGCCGACAGUCCUUUCCAUCCGGGCACUCGACGUUCUCAAUGUACGUCGCCGUCUUCUACUGCUUUUACAUCCAGAGGCGACUCCACAUCAGUUUCUCGCGAAUUCUGAAGUUCUUCCUGCAAGCUGCUCUCGUCUUUACUGCAUCUAUCUGUGGCAUGAGUCGUAUCAGGGACCACAAACACCAUACCUCUGACGUUAUCGCGGGAUUUGCCGUCGGCGCAAUUGUUGCCGUAUCUGUGUACAAGCUUCUUGCGGAAUACCUGCUUUUCACAAGUUCCGAUGAUGAUGUCAGUGAAUCAUCAACGUCAUCAUCAACAGUGUCACAUGACUUGUGUUGCGCAUGCGCAACAAUGCAAUCCGCGAAUGUGGAACCUCAGACGCCAGCGCCGUUGCUCCCGAACGAUUGCUUCAACGAUGAUCCGAACGCCACUGGCAGGCAUACUUCGUUAAAGCCGAAAGUGACCUCUCCCGUUCGCAGCUCUUUGACAACACAUUCAGGAUUAUCUGAUCAGCAGGAACUAGUUUGAGUGUUAGUUUUGUUGUGUGUACCUUUAUCCGUAAAAGGAUAGUGACAUAUGGUAACUUAAGGGCACCAGUUAGUAGUUUAUAAGAACGCGGGUGCUAAUGAUCUCUGCUUCAACAUUUGGGACUUUUUUUUAGCUUUUAUCAUAUUGUUUCCUACUUUAUGUAACACAUGUUGAAGGAAAAGCAAAUGGAGCUGAAGAUUUCCUGGCUAACGCAGAAGAUUAAUACAAUGUUUCAAUACUUUCAAAGCAUUCUUUAGUACUACUUUAACUUUUUUAUAGACGGUUUAAUUGUGAAUGUGUAGAUGUGUAAAAUUAAGUUCUAUGUUUAACUUUCGCGAUAUGCUCUUUGUA